AUGACUUCCCACGAAACUUUACUACCUUACUAUAUGACUCUCAGCAGCAAUCCAUGGUCCAUCCUCGGUGCUCUUAGAUCCACAUUUUUAAAUCCAACAAUACCUUGCAAUCUAGUCGAUGCAUGGCUAAACCCUGCCCUGGCAUUGAUCGAACCAAUCAGAAGAAAAGGUGACGACACACAUCUCCUGAACGGUCUCACGGCACGUCAACCACGGCUUGGGUCUCUCUGGCUCGGUGCAACAAUUAAUGGAGUGAGAGGAUUUCUUCUUGAUGUAUUGAGAGGAGGUGACUUGGCUGUAAGCCUUGAAGCGGAAGCGUGGAUGGGGGUCAAUACAACAUUUCUGACAAUGAAAAUGAACCCAGAUUGCUACGACAAAGAUGCCGAUACCAUCAACAAGGAAGAUGAGUGCAAACUUCUCUUUUUGCAUAACCAUACUCAUCACAAUCAUGGGCAUUUGCCUGUUUGGUCCUGGAAACCCUUCGGGAAGACGAAGAUUUGCGAUACGGAAGCUGAGCUCAGGGGCCAUCUUGAGUGUGGAUGCCAUGUUUUGAAAUAUGAAGGGUACAAUUGGGAGCUUGAAGAUGGUUCUGUUAUUAAAGACACAGGGUUGGAUACUUGUUUGAGUUCCUCCCUUGAGUUUCGUGCGCCUGAAUUUGUUUCGCUGACUGUGUCCGGGUGUCUUUCCUGCGAGCCAGCAGCUGUUCCUGCAGAACCUGUUGGUCUCCCCCUGUACCAGAUGACUUGGGGUUUGACAUGUACACCGAGCACAUGUCUAGGAAUCCCACUCGUGGAAUUUACUGCUAUCUCCGACGGGAUGGAUGUGCAGCCGGCGAGAAGGAGAUAUAUCAGCAUUCUUGGGUUGAUGUCUGGGGUGAUAGUGAUGAAGAAGAGGUGGAUGAGAAGAGAUCUGAUAGAGGGGAGGUAG